AUGUCUAGAUGGUUCCGCUCUCCUGUAAGAAGAAGGAUCAUGCAGAACCUCAGGAAGCAGAUAUCCGGGAAACCAGACGCCACCACCGAUCUAGCUUUACGAUCCCGCAUGGCCGGCCAUGCGGUGCAGGUGCUGCCCUCAGAUGUCUGA